GUGCUGCGGAAGAAUUAAGGCGCAUGUAUUGAGCAAUAACUUUUGCAAUAUUUCAUAGAGAUAAAAGAGUUUUACUGUACUUGCUAAGCAGAUUAUUUUUGAGUUUUUUGGGGCUAUUUUUUAUAUGAUGCACAUAUCGAAAUGUCUAAAGCAUUAGUUAGCCACAAAAUCUAAAGAACGGCUACAAUCUAACCCCCUCCUUCCUAUUUUACCAGUUAUGCUCGACUAUCCGGAAUUUUCAGAUAUUCGGCAAUUUCCGAGUAUCCCGAAAAAAUAUUUAUAGUGACAAGAUAUUAUAAUAUUUCAAGGAAAAAAUUACCAUUAUGUCUUCAGUGUCUGUAGAAGAAGAUGAAAGUGAAAUGGACUUCAGCACAGAUUCUGCUAAUAGUAUUGCAGAAAGUGAUAGUGCAGAUGAUGAGGAUGAUGAAAUAUCUGGGAAUGCAGCUUGGGCAGAUGCCCUCUCAAAAGUCCUGAACUGUAAGAUAUCUAAAGAAAAAAAUUUUAUAUUAAGUAAAGCUAAAAAAGACUCUGAAAUCAAACCUAAAGACGCAACACAAGUGGAAAUUGUUGAUGAAAGUGGCAAAUUAAUCAAAGAAGAUAAAAACCCAGAUGAAUAUAGUCAGAAGAGAAAAGCAAUGCUGGAUAAGCAAAAACAGAAAGCAUUAUGGGAAUCGAUGUGCAGAGUUAAACCUGAUGUAACAGAUAAGGAAAAAGAAAGAGAACUAAUGAGAAUAGCUACAAGAGGUGUUGUGCAUCUAUUCAAUUCAGUGAAGCAACAUAGGAAGGUUUUAAAUAGUAGCAAGCUUCAAGAGAAGAAAAAGCCAAAAAUAAAUGUUAUAAAGGGUAAUUUUAUGGACAUUCUGAAAGGACAUUCUAAGCCAACUGAAAAAAAGGUCCAAGAGGAAGGUGCCCUUCAAAAGACAAAACGAGAAGAAACUUGGAGUGUAUUAAAAGAUGAUUUCAUGAUGGGAGCAGAAAUGAAAGAUUGGGAUAAAGAAAAUAGUGAUGAUGAUAAAUAAAUAUAUAUUGUUAUGGUUUUAUUCCUAAAAAAUUACCAUUGACACAAUAUAGAAUUUGGUCAUUCAGAUAAAUAUAUUACAUAAUGUUUAGUCAAAUUUUAGUUAAGUUAUAAAUGCCAUAUUAUGCUAAA